UAAAAGCAAAGGGAGGUGCGUGUAGCCUCGCCCUCCACCACCAAACCAAUAAACAAUGUCGUCGUCACUCCUUCCUCUUCCCCUUCUUCUUCUUGGCCUCCUCCUCGUGAGCACGGUGCAAUCGGCAGCGCAACCGAAGCUGAAAACCGACUACUACAAAAAGAGCUGCCCUAACUUCGGCAAGAUCAUCCAAGAGGUGAUCACCGACAAGCAGCUCGCCGUCCCCACCACCGCCGCCGGCGCCCUCCGCCUCUUUUUCCACGACUGCGUGGUCGGCGGGUGCGACGCCUCCCUCCUCCUCGGGUCCAGCGCAAACUCCCCUGCCUCCGAGCGCGACCACGAGAUCAACCACUCCCUCCCGGGAGACGCCUUCGACGUGGUCAUCCGCGCCAAGAUCCGCCUGGAGCUGGAGUGCCCGGGCGUGGUCUCGUGCUCGGACGUCCUGGCCGAGGCCACCCGCGACCUCGUCACCAUGGUUGGGGGACCCUUCUACCCGGUCCCCCUGGGGCGCCUCGACAGCCACGAGCCCCACGCCGCCAAGAUCGAGGGCCACAUCGCCACCCCGAACAUGACCCUCACCAAGAUAAUCGAAAUCUUCCAAGCAAAAGGCUUCUCCGUACAGGAGAUGGUCGCCCUCUCCGGGGCCCACACCGUGGGGUUCUCCCACUGCUCCGAGUUCGCCAACCGGAUAUUCAACUUUAGCGCCAAGGAGGACCACGAUCCCACCAUGAACCCGGACUACGUCGAUGGCCUCCGCAAGCUCUGCGCCAACUACAAGACGGACCCCACCAUGGCCGCCUUCAACGACCCCAUGUCGCCAGGGAAGUUCGACAACACCUACUACGUCAACCUCCAGAACGGCCUAGGCCUCCUCGCUACUGAUCAGAUCCUGGCGCUCGAUCCGCGGACCAAGCCCUUCGUCGACGCCUACGCCACAGAUCAGACCAAAUUCUUCCAGGAUUUCGCCAAGGCGAUGGAGAAGGUGGGAAUGCUGGAUAUCAAGACUGGGGAUAAGGGAGAGGUGCGGAAGAGAUGCGACACUCCAAAUACUACCAAAUUUCAUUCAUAAACCUUCCUUUUUUUCUAUACAUUAAUUGCUUUCUGUGUUUGUGCAACAAAAACAAAAAUGAUUGUUUGAUGUAAAUCAGAAUAAUCUACUAUUCAUUUGCUUUCUGAUUUGUUGUCAUCUCAUUUUCAUGUUGUAGUUGAUAUUUGGUUUUGGAGAUGUGUAGCGUGGUGGUGGGGGCGUUUUAUUAACCAUACUAUUUAUAAAUAAAACGCCUACAUAUACAUAAAAUUAAUGAUCCA